AUGAUGUCGUGUGCAGGGCCCUUUAAAGAGCAGCGUGAUGAUGUCGUGUGCAAGGCCCCUUUAAAGAGCAGCGUGAUGAUGUCGUGUGCAGGGCCCUUUAAAGAGCAGCGUGAUGAUGUCGUGUGUAGGGCCCCUUUAAAGAGCAGCGUGAUGAUGUCGUGUGCAGGGCCCUUUAAAGAGCAGCGUGAUGAUGUUGGCCCUUUAAAGAGCAGCGUGAUGAUGUCGUGUGCAGGGCCCUUUACAGAGCACGUGAUGAUGUCGUGUGCAGGGCCCUUUAAAGAGCGCGUGAUGAUGUCGUGUGCAGGGCCCUUUAAAGAGCAGCGUGAUGAUGUCGUGUGA